AUGGUGUUCCGAUCGUCGCGGCGCGCCGUCGCGUCCAUCAUGCGCCUUGCCGGUUUUGCCAGUCUCGCGUUCUCGGGCCUCGCAGUCGCCCAGUCGUCAGCGUCAUCUCCGGCUACGACCGCUGCGCCGCCCAGCAGCAGCGCCACGACGGGCCCGUUCCUGCCCGUGCUCGAGGUGGACGUCAUCUUCCCGCUCAACGAAACCUACCAGGAGACCGAGAUUCUCCCCGUCGCCAUCAAUGUCCAGCGCCUGCCGGAAGUGCGCAAUGUCGGCGAGCUCUCCUUCAUCUGGAACCUGGACGUCUACGACCCCGACCACAAGCUCGGUGUCUACAAUGACCUCGACAGCGGACUGUUUGUUCCCGCCAACACCACAGAGGGCACCAUUCAGCUCGGCCACACCAACAUGACCAGCUGGAUCAGCAAGCUCAACUACACCAGCCAUGUGCUGCUGACCGUCAACGUCCUCUGGAACUUUACCUACCUCUGCGACCAUCCGGCCCGUGGGGGGACUGCGAUGACAAGCAUCUUGUUCCGCGUUGAGUCUGACAUCCAGCGUGCCUCCCAGCCCGACAACUCAUCCAUCCCGGCCGACGUGGCCCAGGCACCCGACUGCCCCGUGUUCGGCGCCAUUCUCUCCGACUAUGCGAGUAGCACCGUCUACGGCCGCAUCUCGUUCGCAAGCGACACGCCCAGCACCGUAUACACGACGUGCUCGACCCUGCUGGACGUCGAAACCGCCUCCUCCUACGGCACACCCUGUGCCGCCACCGUGGACGCGGCAACGCGCUCCGCGCUGGGCAGCAUGGCCUCGAGCUUGGCGACGGGCCAGGCGCAAGCCAGCGAAGCCAGCCAAAGCAGCAGGACGGCCAAGCCGACGUCCACCUCCACGAGCGGCGCGUUGGCCACCGGCGCCGCCCAGCUGCAAUCGGCUCUGGCGGCCGUUGCGGUCGUCUACUGCAUUGUGUACAACUAA